AACAACAGAAAAUCUUGUUCUAAACUGUUCCAGACAGCGUCAAUAAACAGCAAACUAGAACACCUCAGAACAGAAAAACCUCACUGAACAGCAAAAACUUAACAGUCAGAUAAAGUCAUUGAACAAACAUUUUAUUUCAUAAAACAGAAACGUCAAAAGAAAAAUAAGUAAACAAAUCCCUGAAUAACUCGAAAUACAACAAAAUUUUAUAAUUUUGUGUUUAUUAAAUUAAAAUGGAAUCUAAAGAUUUCCCAAAAAUGUUGUUACGAUGUUUAUUGUGCUCCAAAAUUAAUGAUCCCAACAAAGGAUUCUAUGAAAUUGAUAAAAAACAUAUGCCAAAAUCCAAUAAAACAAUAAAAUCGGUUCUAAAGCAUUUGGCCAAAUGCAUUAAAGAAGACUUUAAUUUCGAUUACUAUUCCACCGUUUGUGGUUUAUGUUUUGAAAAACUAGCAAAGUACGAUGAAACAAUGGUUCAAUUAUUAACUCAUCAAAAAGAUCUAGGCCAAAUGUUAGAAAAAGCUAUUAAAAGAUUAAAUAAUGGAACCGAUAUGGAAUCUGUUGAUGGUGAAGACAAUAAAUUUGAUAUAAUUACCGAAGAGCAUGAUCAUCAUGAUUCUGAAUCUAUUAAAGACGAAGUUGCUAGCGAAUGUUCCAUAAAAAGCGACGACGAUGAUCAAUCUGAUAGCAAUGAUAUGAGUGAAGAUUCAAAAAAGCUUUCAUUUCAAUGCACCAGUUGCGACGAUACUUUUAAAUCGAAUAGAGCCUUGCAAAUGCACCUUAAAGUCCAUAUAGAUUUGGUAACAUGUUCAGUUUGUGGAGUUGCUUGUAAGGACGAGGAAUACCUCGAACUCCACAUGAACAUACACGAAGGCAAAACCGAAACCGAAUGUCGAUAUUGUCCCAAAAAAUACAGUCGUCGUUCGCACGUUAUACGACACAUGCAAAUUCAUUGGGAUAAAAAGAAGUUUCAAUGCGAAAAGUGUGGUUUACGUUUUUCGCAAACAAAUCUUCUUUAUAAUCACAAAAUGAAUCAUGAAGCUGAAGAGGAUCCUUUAAUUUGUCACGUUUGUCAGCAAGUGUUUAAAACGAAGAGAACAUUUAAACAUCAUAUGAUCAUUCAUCAGGAGGAUCGUCCAAUGUAUCCAUGUGAGAUUUGUGGCAAGGUUUUUACUCAGAAAUAUACUAUUAAAGCGCAUUUGAAAACGCACGCUGAGGGUUUUUUUGCAUUGCCAAAUACAAGUAGUAAGCAGAAGGUUUCAAAAAAAGAUACGAAGAGAUUUCCAUGUAUCAUAUGUGAUAGAAUUCUGACAACACAAGAACUUUUGGAUGUGCAUAUGACUCAGGAACAUGAUGUUAUUAAUGAUGAACUAUUAAUAUCAAGUAUUUUAUAAGUUAGUUAUAAGAAGUAUUUUAAAACUUGUAAUUUCAAUUGAUGUACUACAUUGAAUAUCGAAAUGACUUGAAUUGCCAAACAAAAAUUUUUACUUUUUUAUUGAGUUUCGAAAUAAUCUAGAUUUGAAAGUAUACAAAGUUUAUAUUUCAGUUUUAUCUUUCGUACCUACAUCGGUAACAAUUUUCUUCUAAUAUUCGUUUAGAAAAAUAAAAUAUCAAAUCCAUUAUUGUUGAAACCGUUCAGAAUUUCAAGAGAACAAAAAUGAAAGAUAAUAAACACUUUUUUUUAGAACAAGAAGUCAAAUAAUUAAUCUUCAUUUUAUAUAAUUCUUUAUAUAAUUCUGGACGGUAGUAAUUGGUAAACUAAACAUAUUGUUUAACUGUGCCCAUGAUUAUGAAAGUGGACUAAGUCACUUUUUGCAUUGUUUGAAGAAAAACUUACAUAAUAAUUUUCUUAUAACGAUUUAAUUAUAUUUCUUUUAUGAAAUCACUAGAGGAGCAAUAAAGAAGUUUAUGUAUUUACUGCAAUUCCGCUUUUAAAUAAACUUUACCCCUUAAAUAAUAAUUAUUUUUAGGCUAGAUUUGAUGCCAUUUUUAGAAGUGACUUAGUCCACUUUUAUAAUUAAGGGCACAACUAUAAUUGAUCUGAUGAACUUUUG